AGCUAUUGCUGCUGUCACUAGUGUGUGCGGGAGGGUGUCUUGCUGCUGUCACUAGUGUGUGCGGGAGGGGGCCUGGACACACGUGCUGCGCUGCCGCUGAGAGCACCAACAUGGCCGCCUCCGCCGCACCGGAGCAGCAGGAAAGAGAUGAAAUGGAAAGUUAUGAAACGUUUAUCCAGAAAAAGGAACAGCUUACCGCGCAGGAGUUUUAUGGAGAGGAUAGUGACGAAGAAAAUGAUGAUGAUGAAGAGGAUGAUUGGUAUUGGGAAGACAGCGGUGCUAAUCUCACAAAGCACUAUUCCUCUACAAGAGCAAGCAAUCCUCAGGCCAACAGACAGCGUAUACAUAACAACUCAUCUAAGGCAUAUAUCGCGACGGACAAAGUCUUGCAGAAGUAUGAAAAUAAAAUUUAUCUUGGUAAACUUAAUCUUUCAGACUCCGUUAUGAAUAAAGUCACUGAAAAAUCAAGACAGAAGGAUGCAGACACGUAUCGGGUUAAGGAUAAGUCUGACAGGGCUACUGUGGAACAGGUAUUGGAUCCUAGAACACGGAUGAUUCUCUUUAAGAUGUUAACAAGAGGGGUUAUAUCAGAAAUCAAUGGCUGUAUCAGCACAGGCAAAGAAGCGAAUGUUUACCAUGCUAGCACUUCAGAUGGAGAGAGCCGAGCAAUAAAAAUUUUCAAAACAUCAAUCUUGAUGUUUAAAGAUCGUGAUAAAUACGUGAGUGGGGAAUUCAGGUUUCGACAUGGCUAUUGCAAAGGGAACCCUCGAAAAAUGGUUAAAACAUGGGCAGAAAAGGAAAUGAGAAAUUUAAUAAGGUUGAACACUGCAUCAAUACCCUGUCCAGAACCGAUUAUGCUGAGAAGCCAUGUUCUUGUCAUGGGAUUUAUUGGUAAAAAUGAGAUGCCUGCUCCUUUGUUGAAGAAUGUCCAGUUGUCAGAUUCUAAGGCCCGAGAGAUUUACUUGGACGUUAUACACUACAUGAGAAGAAUGUACCAGGAUGCCAGGCUUGUGCAUGCAGAUCUCAGUGAAUUUAACAUGCUAUUUAACAAUGGACAGGUAUAUAUAAUUGAUGUAUCUCAGUCAGUGGAACAUGAUCACCCGCAUGCUUUGGAAUUCCUACGGAAGGACUGUGGUAAUGUAAAUGAUUUCUUUGUAAAGUAUGGAGUUGCAGUAAUGACUGUGCGAGAGCUGUUCGAGUUCAUUACAGAUCCAUCAAUUACUCCGGAUUACAUGGAUGCUUAUCUAGAGAAGGCAAUGGAGAUAGCUGCUCAAAGAACAGAAGAACAAAGAUCAAGUCAGGAUAAGGUUGAUGAAGAGGUCUUCAAAAAAGCGUACAUUCCCAGAACUCUGAAUGAGGUGAAGAACUUCGAGAGGGAUGUAGAUCUAAUGCACAAGUUGAAAGAGGAAGAUAUGUCACUUAACACGCAGCAGGAUAAUAUUCUGUAUCAGACUGUGACUGGCCUGAAGAAAGAUUUGUCAGGUGCUGAGACGGUACCAGCGUUACUGCAGACCUGUGAUGAUGAACAGCAGGAGGAAUCAGACUCUGACGCUAACAGUGAAGAUGAGGUCGCUACAGACUCUGAAGAAGAAACUCACCCAAAAGAUCAAAGUACUAACCCAGAAGUGGAUAAAAAGGAAAGAAAAAAAAUGAUCAAAGACGCACAGAGGGAGAAGAGGAAGAACAAGAUUCCAAAACAUGUGAAAAAAAGAAAAGAGAAAACUGCAAAAACAAAGAAAGGCAAAUAGAGAAUUUGCUGAUGUGCAGCAAGGUCCAAUACAGACGUGCUGUGUAACACAUCCAUCUUACAGAUGAGUUGGUAACAUUACACUGUGUGUAUCGGCAUUCAUUGCUUAAAUAGUCACAUCCACAGCUGGCCACAAAACAUCUGCCCAGUGGGAAUAUCCUCAAACCAAGUUUUGGAAAAACACUUUACUAUUUUUUUGUAAAUGGAAUAUAUAUAUUUGAGUGUAUGUAUUUUAAAAAUAAAUAUGUAUGAUUAUGAGUAUA